UUAAUAAGAUUAACUUCAGGUAAGUAACAUCUUCCAUGAGAUGGGAGUGCCGCUGUCUUGAUGUCAAUAAAAAGCUACCAACACGAUUCUGGUUUUGCUGCUCAAAGCGCUAGUUCUAGAACUACAGCUUUUUUUUAGGCGGAGACAAACCUUUUCCAAUAGUUCUUGGGGUAAUGUUGACAACCAGGCUUCUCAGAGUUCAUGUAUUCAAAAAAGAGAACUAUAUACUAACCAUUUAUAGCUUACCACGGAAUCAUUUUAUUGCUCGUGAGAUUCACAAAUUUCAGCCUGCUUAUAGUUUUCUAACUUGUGUGUCCAAAAGGGGUUUUAGUGCAAAAAAAAAUCAAGAGAGAAGUUUUAGGUUGAAGUCUGGCAAAAUUAAUGGCCAAUUCAUCCAGCUGUCACUAGUCUAUCAUCAACUUCAAUAUCAUACUGCAUGAACAACAACAACCAGGACGCUGCGUCCUUUCUAUCGGUUCCAAGUGAUGGGUUAGAACAGCCCUUUCCCUCGCUAUCACCCCAACGUUCAAGCUCUCCAAACUCGAUUAUGAGUGAACAGUCUAACGCUCAAUCAUUACAACAAAGCAAUUCAAGUACCAGUAACUUGGGAAGUUUCAGAACUCGUACAAGAGCGGGUACACUUCCCUCAAGAUUCAACUCAAACACUUUGGCACCACCUUUGCAAUCGGCAACAAAUCAACCACCACCAAGCUCUUCAAUAUCUCCAUCCUUUAAUGCAUACGAUCCAACCACAUUGGGUUUAGAGACACUAUCUAUCUCAGGAUCAUCACCAACUAUCAACAAUGGGUUUGUAAAUUCAAGCAAUGCAACUGCUCAAGCUACUGGUCGUCCAAGAUUACGUUCUGGUUCAUUGCUUGGAUUAUCUGAAUCAAACUCCAUAUGGAGUAAUGAUCAACCAACAUCAACUCAAGGCUUGCAAGGUCAGACGACUUCAUCGUUAGCUUCUGUCAAUUUCAUGUCUGAUACAAAUUCUCCUAUUAGAGAGUUUCCAACAACAACAACCUCUUCACGGCUAUCAGUUUCCCCAACAAAGACACAAUUUCAAUCACAAAUGUUGGAUGAUAAUUCAACAAGAGUGGAUAUAAAUCGGGCAAGAGCAUAUUCAACAAACAAUGUUCUUGUGAAUGAACCACCUACAAGUUUCUACCUUCAAAACUUUGUGACUUUAGAGGAGGAAAAAUUGAUGCAACAACCACCUCCACAACAACAACAGUUACAUCAACAACAGCACUAUGGUAAUGACUUCACACCAAGACCAAGAGCUCAAACUUUCCAAAAUGGUGUUGACUCUCCGUUACCAAUCCAAUACAACUUUACCCCAAAUAGAAUUGUGGAGACUCCAGAAUAUGACGAUGGUCAACAACUUCCUCAUCCUCCUGUUCAGCACUCUUUUUUGAAAGAUCAACCUCUACUACUCGAUGAUAUUGAUCCUAGAUGCUUAAACUGGACCUCAACUUACCAAGAUCCAUCAUUGGGUCCAACAAAUACCCUGUUCUUAUCAAAUUUACCACCACAGGCUGUUUCCCCAUUGUCUCUAGCCAAUUUAUUGAUAAAGUUCGGGAAAUUAUCAAGUGUUCGUAUUUUAAAAGGCAAUGAAAAUGCCAUUGUGGAGUUUGACACUAUUGAUUCUGCAAUGCAAGCCAAAGCGCAACUGAACCAUCAAGAAUUGAUGCCAGGCUUUGCAUGUUUGAUUGGUUUCGCUAAACUGUUAUCAUCACAACAGCAACAACAACCUUCUUUGGUUAUAAAUGAUGAAGUUCAAACAAUUGGCGGAAGUCAACCUCAACAACAAGAUUUUUCACAACAGCAACAGUUUCCACCACAAAUACAUGUCCAACAUGAUGAAUCCUUAUACACACCACCAGUCACCAUCAGCGAAGAACCUCUUAAAUUGACCGAAAUGUUGAAUGAAAUUUUUAAUGCAGUUAAGAAAUUAGGAGUUAAGUCAACUUCUGGUACAGUUGAAAGUAUUGUUAAAAAUUCAUUAACAUACAAAGGGUUUGAUAAUGAUUUUGGUCCACUACCUGAGCCCUUACCAGUAAGAGAGUAUGACGCACCAAAACUCAGAGAAACCAGAAAAUUAAUUGAUGCCAAUUCAUUGUCUCAAUUUGAUAUCGAAGAGUUAUCAGUUGCUAUGUUGGACGAAUUACCAGAAUUGGCUAGUGAUUAUUUGGGUAACACCAUUGUACAAAAAUUAUUUGAAUACUCGUCAGAAUCAAUCAAGUACAUUAUGUUGAAGGAAGUUUCACCAUUUUUAGCGCAAAUGGGUAUUCAUAAGAAUGGUACUUGGUCUGCUCAAAAAAUGAUUUCAGUUGCUGAUACACCAAUUCAAAAAGUUGCUGUUGCUAAAAGCUUGAAACCGUAUUGUGUUCCAUUAUUCAAUGAUCAAUUUGGUAAUUAUGUUAUUCAAUGCUCUUUGAAAUUUGGUUCUCCUUGGAAUGAUUUCAUUUUUGAAGUGAUUUUAGCUAAAUUUUGGGAUAUUGCUCAAAAUAGAUUUGGUGCAAGAGCUGUUAGAGCAUGUUUGGAAAGUCAUGAAGCAUCUGUUGAACAAACUGCUUUGAUAUCUGCAGCCAUCAUUUUACAUGCUGAACAUUUGGCCAUCAAUCAAAAUGCUGCGUUGUUGAUAACUUGGUUUUUGGAUACUUGCACUUUACCAAACAGACAUAUUCUAUUAGCCCCAAGAUUGGUUCCACAUUUGGCUCAGUUAUGUACUCACAAAUUGGCAAGCUUGACUGUUUUGAAGAUUUUGAAUCAUCGUGGUGAAAAUGAAGCUAAAAAUAUGAUUUUGGGUGCUAUUUUCGGUCCAGUUGCGACAUCUGAAAAUGGUGAUGUUGAUUCCCCAAGACCUCCUGAAGUUUUAGAGCAAAUUUUACAUGAUAAUGCUCACGGUGCUACCUUUAUUUUCAAAGUCAUUUCCAAUCCUUUAUUGGAGCCAGAAGUUCGCCAACAUGUUGUUUCUCAGGUACGCAGAGUAUUGUUAGAAUUGAAUGUCAGCUCUUAUCAAGGUUAUAAAAGACUGAUGGAUGAAGUUGGGUUAUCAAAUAGGGGUGAUGGUAAUAGACACAAUAGAACUCUUUCAAAUGGAGGCGGCUCGAAUGGUCGAAAAGGGAGACAGAAUAAAACAUCGCCACAAGGACCAUAUAACAAUAGACGCUCAACUCCAAAUGGUUACAGAACUCAACCACCUCCUUCAUUGAUUUCACCACCACAACCACCUUCUUUUAUACAAAAUCAAGGCUAUUAUGAUGACCAACAAUCAUUGAUAAAUGAAUUUCAAACGCAGCAGCAGUUUUAUCAACCAUACUCAGCACCACAACAACAAUCACAACCGCAUCCAAUGCAAAGCAACAUGGGGUCUUAUUUUACAGGUGAAAACCUUGGUUCAUUUGAUAAUUCAAAUCCAUUUCCCAAUAACAUGAGACCUCAACAGCCUCAACAGCAAGGUCCAAUUUUUGAUGAUCCAUUCAUGAUCAAUCAAAUCAACUCUAUUACAAAACCGGCCUAUGAAAAUGAUAGAUCUAUAUACCAACAACAGCAACCACAAUAUGGGUUUGGUACUGCUCAAUAUUAGAGAGUCCUUCCCAGUUAUUAAUGUCUCAUUCAUGUACAAUACAUCAACCAAUCCAAAAAAACAAAGCACAUAGGAUUGUUAUGACAGAAAAAAAUUCUUAUAUCACAAAAUAAAUAUUUAUAAUAAAUAAUACCC